AUGGCUGAAGAGGCCCCCAAGCCAGUGGCUUGCACCUACUCAAGCUGCAAGCAGACGUUCUGGAAAAUGGGGGACAUGAUCACCCACAAGAUCACCCACAAACAUCACUUCUACUGCCUUCCAUGCGAUCUGGACUUCCAUUCUGAACAGGCUCUCUAUCUACAUACAACGACGAGCGACAGCCAUAUUACCUGUGCCCACUGUGGUCUUGAAUUCCGCAGCCAGGGCGGCCUGGACGUUCAUAUCAAAAGCAACCACGAACAGGUCAAGAAGGUUCCCUGCAACCACUGUGACGCCCCGUUCAAGUCAGCUUCUGCUGUCAUCAUGCACGUCGAAAGUGGCAAGUGCCCCGUCGUCAACGAGGAAGGACAGCGACGUGAUGAAGCCAAGGCCAAGGCUCCCGGUGGAAAGCACAUCCUGGACAUGGGCCGGCUCGCCUCCUCGCCUGAGCCACAGCCUGCCCAAUCCUCCGGCUCCAGCGAAGAUAAUGAGCGGGAAGGUGGCGUCAGACUUGACCAUGCUUCCAACCCAACCCACCAAGCUUCUUCGGCUGCUGUCGCCCAGCGCUCCGGACCUUCCUCCUCCUGUGAGCUUAGCACUGACAGCUCCCGUGAUUCCCCGCCCGAGGAGAUGCUGGUAGCGAGGCGUUCGCUUGACCUUGAACCUGGCGGCGUAUCUCUCUACCAGCCUAUUCCUGUCUAUGCCCCGGAUUCUUUUCGCGAUGGACUUGUCCGCCGCCCUGAUCCCAGCGAGUUCAGCGGCCCACUGCCUUUGAUGGAGCCUUUCGAAUUCGUGAUCCCCAGCCCUAUCACUGAAGGCGUUGUGCCUGUCAACCAGUCAGUUCCUGUGUAUGCCCCCGAUUCUACUCGCGAUGGACGUUUCCUUCCCGCUGAUCCCAAUGAGCAAAGUGGUCCGCUGCCCUUGAUCCCAUCUCUCGAGCAGCCCAGCUUCACAAUCCUUCAUCCUAAUACCCGAAGCAACCCGUUUCUUUCGACCUUGACCCCCAAUGUUGCAGGAUUGUCCCAGCAUGACAUGAAUAUCCCAGGCCCAAGCGUGACUUCCCACCGCAAGCUCCUGAACGUUGACCCACAGGAGUUCUGGAAUCCAGAGAAGGGCCGCUUCUUCUGCAACUGCGGCAUUUCCUUCCUGACACCCCGUGAAUUUCGCACUCAUAUCAUCGUCGAUGAUGACGGUACUAUCAAAGACUGCCCCCGAUGCUUCAAACGAUUCAACACACUCGCCGCCCUUGUUGCCCACGUCGAAGCGCCCCAGUCAAAGUGCGCCGCCUUCGCUGACGACGACGUUGAGGAUGAAAUUAACGAGAUUACCCGCGGAUUUGCUACCUUCAAGAGCCACCGCAAUGAACUCGAAAUGGGUGAGGAUCUGAUCAGCAUGGAUACCAGUAGCGAGAACUACAAGCCGACUACCGCUGCUCAAACCGAGGAGGACAAGAAGUUGGCUGCUGAGUUGUGGCGGUUGAAGUUUGAGUAG